AUAAAUAAUACAGACCACUCAAAGGGGUGUGCUCUGAAAAGGUUUUAUUGAAAGCAUGUGGGUCCAGGCAGUGGCGGAAUUCUUUAAAUACAAAGUAGUGAGUAGCAUUAUAGUGCUGGCAUGUUGGCCCCCUAAAGAGCAAAUAAGAAUAAUUGGUGAAAUAUCACAUCAUGGGUUAAGCGCUACAUUCUCUUGCGAUCCAGGCAUACUUGAUUAUGAACGACAUGGAUAUCUGCAGGGGGUUCUAUACUUGGUUGGAAAUGAUGACUCCUUCAUGUUCAAAAAGGUAACGAAUCCUCUUUCAGAUAUAACCAAACCAAUAACAUCAAUAGCUAUCGAUGACGUGUAUGUACACCCACGGGACGGAGUGUCUGCCCACCGCUGGGCAUAUUGGGCCAGCUCGACAGGUUUCGUGUUGACGCAUGAUAGAGAAAGGAUCUUAAGAAGACUCGACUUAAAGGAAUAUCCUUGGAGAAUAGCGACUCCAAUAGGACAUUAUUCGAGUGAGAAAUACGAUGGUACAUUUGUGGACUUUCUAGUUGACGAGUCGAUAUCCGACCAGGACCCUGGCAUUCGGAGCGGCUAUAGCACCUCCAUGUUACUCAUAGAAGCUGUAAAUGCCAGAGACAUCCUGAUAGAGAACGAGCUGUGGGCGACGAUGGUGAACAACGACAGCAUGUACCUGAUGGUGUCCGAGGGGACUGCUGACCUCUCAGGGGCUAUUCUGCGCAUCCUGCUCGCCAGGACCUUUGACCUUGAUUAUGUUGUACCGAUUUGGCCUUUUAGCGUCGGCUUCACAUACCUAGCGGAGCGCGAGAGUGCCAGUAACAUGUUCUUGGAGCCGUUCUCACCUGGCGUGUGGUGGUCGUGCUUGGCCAUCAUGGCGGUGCUGGCUCUGGUCGAGAGGUUCACAGCCAAGACGCCGCUAGAGAAGGAUGGAGCGUUCUAUACUGUGCUCACGACUUGGUUACAACAAGACGCGAGCGCAGUCCCAGAGAGCGCAUCAGGUCGCUUCGCGUUCACCGUCCUCUCAGUUAGCGCCAUGUUGGUACACGCGUACUACACGUCAGCCAUCGUGUCAGCUCUCAUGAGCACCGGCCGAGGCGGACCGGAUUCCUUGAGGGCACUCGCAGACUCGAAGUAUGCGAUAGGAUCGGAGGAUUAUGAUUAUAUGCGGUAUUUGUUCUUUGAUGUGGAAACAAAUUGGGAAGACCUAGAAUACCUUAAAAAGAAGAAAAAAACUUCAAAGUUCUACCAAGACUUGUCCCGCGGCGUCGAGCUUAUCCAACAAGGGAACACCGCCUUCCACACCGAGUACAACCAGAUAUACCCGCACUUCAAGACCUUCAGCGACGACCAUAUCUGCAAGCUGCAGCAUGUUGAUACUAUUCCUGAAACACUUAGUUGGGUAACAACAACUAAGAACGGUCAAUGGACUCAAGUACUCCGCUCGGCUGGAGGAUGGCUGGUCGAGACUGGUUUGAGCAAGCGCCUGGUCUCCCGACUACGGAUCCCGCACCCUCCCUGCCGCGCAUCCCUCCUAGCUGAAAGAGUCAAGUUAGGGGACAUCGCUCCUUUACUAGCCCUCACUGUAUUUGGAGCUUUCCUAUCCGUGGUCAUGUUAGGAGCCGAGAUCAUGUAUCACAAAGCCAAGGCAGGAAGAAUGGAAGUUGAGGUGAAACCUUCUUUGAUUGAUGAUGUUGAUGUUGAAAGGUAUAUGGAGUAGGAAGAUGUUGUGUUCUUUUUGUCAGUUAAGAGUUGAAAAAGGUGUAAGCUGGUUUGACUGAACAUAGAAAUAGCAAAACACGAAUUAAUUUAUUUUACUUAUAUUCAGCUAGUAUUAUCUUCUGUAUAGCAUUUGCAGCUUCAA